AUGGCCCUGGUUUUGCAUGCUUCCAGUACGAACAAAAAUGCAUUCAAGGCGCUCGUAGCAGCAGAGUACAGUGGCAUAAAGAUUGAAUUGGCUAAGGAUUUUGAGAUGGGUGUCUCAAAUAAGACACCAGAAUUCCUAAAGAUGAAUCCUAUAGGAAAGGUUCCUGUGCUUGAAACUUCUGACGGCCCCAUAUUUGAAAGCAAUGCCAUUGCCCGCUAUGUGGCUAGAUUGAAACCUGAUAACCCCCUGUAUGGCUCUUCCUUGAUUGAAUAUGGGCACAUCGAGCAGUGGAUUGAUUUUUCUGCUAAUGAGAUAGAUAUCAAUUUGGGUCGCUGGUUGUACCCACGACUUGGAUUCGGUCUUCAUCUUCCUCCGGCUGAGGAGGUUGCAAUUGCUGGAUUGAAGAGAGCUCUGGAAGCUUUGAAUAUUCAUCUUGCCUCCAAUACCUACUUAGUUGGGCACCAAGUCACGCUUGCUGAUAUUGUUAUGACGUGUAACCUGAGUAUUGGGUUUAAGGCAAUCUUGACCAAAAGCUUUACCUCUCCAUUCCCGCAUGUGGAGAGAUACUUUUGGACCUUGGUCAAUCAGCCAAAUUUCAAGAAGAUAUUGGGUGAUGUGAAACAAGCAGAAUCCAUUCCACCUGUGGCAUCAAAGAAACCUGCUCAGACCAAAGAAGCUUCGAAAUCCAAGGCAAAAGAAAAGGAGGCACCUAAAGAGGUGGCUAAGAAGGAACAAGUGAAGCCCAAACCAGUGGCGGAGGAAGAAGAAGCACCAAAGCCAAAGGCAAAGAAUCCUUUGGAUCUGUUGCCUCCGAGUAAGAUGAUACUAGAUGAGUGGAAGAGGCUCUACUCUAACACCAAGACCAACUUUCGUGGGGUUGCUAUCAAAGGGUUCUGGGACAUGUAUGAUCCUGUGGGCUAUUCCCUUUGGUUUUGCGACUACAAAUACAAUGAUGAGAACAUGGUCUCGUUUGUUACUCUAAAUAAGGUGAGCGGUUUUCUGCAGCGGAUGGACUUGGCCCGCAAGUAUGCUUUUGGGAAAAUGCUGAUUAUUGGCGAGGAGCCCCCGUACAAGGUGAAGGGUUUGUGGCUCUUCAGGGGCACCGAAAUCCCUCAGUUUGUACUUGACGAGUGCUAUGACAUGGAGCUCUAUGAUUGGACACAGGUUGAUAUUAACGAUGAGACCCAGAAAGAGCGUGUCAAUCAGAUGAUAGAAGAUGCCGAGCCUUUUGAGGGCGAGCCUCUCUUGGAUGCCAAGUGCUUCAAGUGA